UUUUUAUUUUUCAAUAUAAAUUUGCAAAGUUAAAUGUUUUAAAUAUAGUGUAUGCUAUUUUCAGUUAGGUUGUUUCUUAUUGUUAAUAAUAUUUUUAUUACAGUGGCAAAUCCAAAAAAAGAAUAACGUAGUCGGUGAUUCCUCUUCAUUUCGAUGUACAUUGUAGAUAAAUAAAGUUAAGCAGAUUCAUCUGUCGAUAUUUGACAUUCAGUCUUUAUAAGCUCUGACAAAACCACCCCACAUCUUGACUACCAUCUGGAUCUGCCACUUACUGAACUUUAUCGUAGAUUGCUAGCAUUUUAACCAAUUGCACUUUUAUAAAUUAUUCUAAUAUGAUACUAUUCACGAAGCGUACAACUUAAAUAUUUCUCUAAAAAAUAACAACAGCUGCAAAUAAACUGGAUUAAUCUCUACAUUAAAAGUUGCCAUCUUUGUUUACAGUUAAGCAAAAGUAGAAAUGGACGCGCAUAAUGGUUCAAUGUUGAUAAAUAUUCAUUGUAUUGGUGGUGAUUACUUUGUUUGGGAUGCAGAACAUGUUUAUGAGCUUCGGAUGAAACAUAGAAUUUGUGGCGCUUUAGUUGGUGCAUUAUCUCGAAAGCCAUGGCAGACCAGCGUUAAUUCUAUGCCUUUAAUGUUGAUGCCAGAGGAAGUUUAUUUGUGUUUAAGCGAAGGCUUUGCUAAAUUACUUUUUAAUGAAAGACAAAAUGAUGUAGCUGUUUCUAACGACUGCGACGUAGACGCUUUUUGGAAUAAACGAAACGCAAUGGAACUUGAACAAAUUCUUCUUUUUAAAAAACGCAAGAUUGAAAAAGAGCAAAUGUUUUAUGGAAACAAUAAAAAGUUAAAUAGAAAAAAACGUAAAAGAUUAGUACAUGAAUGUCAAAAUGUGGAUGAACUUUGUUGCGAAGGAAACGAAGCAAGUCCUAAGAUUAAAGAAAACCAGUCAGAAAUAGUUUCUUUAGAUAUUUGCAAAAGUGAAUCUUUUCAAAUAGAUACAAAUAACGUAAACGUUGAUCAAAAAAUCUUAAAAUCGAAUGAAAAAGAACAAAUUUGUGACCUUAAUGUUACUGAUGACGAUAUUGAAUAUUAUCACAAUUCAGUGCGAGUUCAUAUACCUACAACACUCAAAAAUCAAUUUGUUUUUGAGAAAUCAAUGAGUUUUCCUUCUAGUUCGAAAGAUAAUUCGCAUAACCUUGUGUUUCAAUACUUUUGGAAAAAGGGUUAUUUUCUUACAUCAGCAGCAAAAUUUGGAGGUGAUUAUUUAGUUUACCCAGGUGAUCCUUUGAGGUACCAUUCUUUUUUCAUAGUUCUUGUUAAAGAUUGCGAAACUGGAUUUACACCAAAAGAAUUAAUUAAUUAUGGUAGAUUAGCUGCUUCAGUUAAAAAAACAGUUGUACUCACACAUGUUGACACUGAUAAAAAUGUUAAAUGUAUCUCAUUGGAAUGGUCGUACAUGAAAUAAAAUUUUAUUAAAAACUAAAGAGAAGAAUUACAAAAAUUUUUUUUUUACUAUUUUCCAAACCGUUGAAAAUGGCAAUCGGCCUAGUUUUAGAAAUUCUUGAAAUGUUAUUUCUGAAGCUGCAAACUCGGGUGUAAACGCGACUUUUUUUUAGAAAAAAAAAUAAUUAAAUGCAUCUUCGGCCAUACUAAAGUAGAUUAUUUAAAGACCUGUUGCUGCAUUGAAGCCUAUAAUCUUAAGCCAUAAACUAUUUUAGCAGAAUUAAUUCUGCUAACAAUAACUAAUUCAUGUAAACAGUUUUUUAGAUUGUAUUGCAAAAACUACAGUUUUGGUAUUAAAAAUGAAAAAGUCAAAUUUAA